AAAAUAUGACGGAUGUAAAGUAGAAAAGAACACACUAUUUGUUCGAAAAAGAAAAAAAAAAAAAAAAAUCCCUGCUCUUAGUCUAUAGACGGAUUCUUCUCCAAUCAAUCAAUCAUGCGGUGAAAAAAAACCGGAUUCUUCUCCCUGCUCUUAGUCUUUAGACGAAGAAAAUCAUGUUUCGAAACUCCAAGUUUUCAACUUUUUUGCUACUCCUGCUCACUUACUUAGCUAAUUAUCGAACGGAAUCAACAAAUUUUGAUCAAGAAUAUGCAAAGGAGAUUCUUAGCUCAGCCCAGCAGGAAAAAGAUUGGUUAGUCUCAAUUAGAAGGAAAAUUCACGAAAACCCAGAGCUCGCAUUUCAAGAAUUCAACACUAGUGCCUUAAUUCGCAGCAAACUCGAUGAACUCGGAAUUUUUUAUGAGUACCCAUUUGCCAAAACGGGCUUGGUCGCUCAAAUCGGGUCGGGUUCCCGCCCCGUUGUUGCUCUACGUGCUGAUAUGGAUGCUCUCCCUCUCCAAGAACUAGUGGAGUGGGAUCACAAGAGCAAAUUGGAUGGUUUGAUGCAUGGAUGUGGGCAUGAUGCUCAUACUACUAUGCUCCUUGGGGCUGCCAAGUUGCUUCAUCGAAGGAAACACAAGCUUAAGGGAACAGUAAGGCUUCUAUUUCAACCUGGUGAGGAGGGAGGCGCUGGCGCCUCCCAUAUGAUAAAAGAAGGCGCUCUUGGUGGUGCAGAGGCGAUAUUUGGUAUGCACGUCGAUUUUACAAACCCAACAGGAAGUAUAUCAAGUGUUCCAGGACCAAUUCUGGCUGCAGUGAGCUUCUUCGAAGCGAAGAUAGUUGGAAAAGGCGGGCACGGUGCAGCACCCCAUCAUAGCAUCGAUCCAGUAGUUGCUGCAUCAUAUACUAUAUUGGCACUGCAACAGCUCAUCUCAAGAGAAGUAGAUCCCCUUCAUAGUCAAGUGCUUUCUAUUACGUAUGUUCGAGCAGGGACUGCAUUAAAUGUCAUUCCCAGCUCUGUCGAACUAGGGGGUACGCUCAGAAGUCUUACGACCAAAGGCUUGCACCGACUCCAACAGAGGGUUAAAGAGGUUAUUGAAGGACAGGCUGGUAUACUGAGAUGUACAGCGCAUGUGGACAUGAAAGAAGAGAAGUUCCCUCCGUAUCCAGCUUGUUUCAACGACGAAGGACUACAUGAGCACGUAGAGAGGGUCGGGAGCCUCCUUCUGGGAGCGGAGAAUGUGAAGAAGGGGAAGAAGGUGAUGGCUGGUGAGGACUUUGCCUUCUAUCAGGAGGUAAUCCCGGGAGAAAUAUUUAAUAUUGGGAUCAGGAACGAGGCGAUAGGGGCCGUGCACUCUCCUCAUUCGCCAUAUUUCUUCCUCGACGAAGACGUCCUUCCCAUCGGAGCAGCAGUGCAUGCGGCAGUUGCAGAAAUUUAUCUCAGAAAUCACAGCCAUUUCUAAUUUGUAAAUCAUGUUUCCUGAUGGAACCUUUGGGAAGUUUGGUUAGGGCUGAGCGAAAAACCGGAGAAACGGACUGGAAAACCGGUUUUCCAUUCGGUUUGAAAGGGAAAUCUAAAGUUUGGUAUGAGAAUUAAUUAUUAGUUUUA